AUGGCAGAGGCUACCCUUCACAACGUGCCGAUUGUCAUUGACAAUGGCAGCGGUACCAUUCGAGCUGGAUUUGCCGGCGAGGAAAUCCCGUCAUGUUAUUUCCCGUCGUUUGUCGGUCGCCCCAAACACCCACGGGUCAUGGCUGGUGGUCUAGAGGGCGAUUCAUUCAUCGGUCAGCGCGCGCAGGACCUCCGUGGUCUACUCAAGAUCAGGUACCCGCUCGAGCAUGGAAUUGUGACAAAUUGGGAGGAUAUGGAGUCAAUUUGGCACUACGUCUACGAGAACGAGCUCAAGACCCUCCCGGAGGAGCACCCCGUGCUGCUCACCGAACCGCCGUUGAACCCUCGCGCCAACCGUGAUAUGGCCGCCCAGCUCAUGUUCGAGGCUUUCAAUGUACCGGCACUUUACAUGUCGAUCCAGGCCGUGCUGUCUCUGUACGCGUCUGGCCGCACAACGGGUGUUGUCCUAGAUUCUGGAGAUGGCGUCUCUCACGCUGUGCCGGUGUUCGAAGGCUUCGCGAUCCCCAACAGUAUUCGGAGAAUUGACGUGGCUGGUCGCGAUGUUACAGAACAGAUGCAAUUGCUAUUGCGGAAAGCCGGCCAUGUGUUGCAUACCAGCGCGGAGAAGGAGGUCGUGCGGAUGAUCAAGGAGAAGGUCUGCUACGUGUCGCUGGACCCGAAGCGCGAAGAAAAAGAGUGGAUGAACAAUUAUCACAAGUCGGAUGCCAAGGCGAUCGAUUACACGCUACCUGAUGGUCACAAGAUCAAGGCGAGUCUUAUCGAAGAAUUGAAUUUGAAACUUGGAGAUACCCCCUUUACUGACUUGAGUUCUUUCUUUAUUGUGCAGAUCGGUCAAGAACGUUAUCGUGCCCCUGAAAUUCUCUUCGAUCCUGAGCUUAUCGGCCUCGAAUACCCUGGUGUACACCAGAUUGUUCAAGAUGCGAUCACACGUACCGACCUUGACCUACGCAAAUCGUUAUACCUCAACAUUGUUCUCUCUGGUGGCUCCACGUUGUGCAAGAACUUCCCCGAUCGUCUCAUGCGUGAGAUUAAACGACUUGCCGUCGAGGACAUGAAGAUCCGGAUCUCGGCACCCGCGGAGCGCAAGUACACAACUUGGAUUGGUGGUAGUAUUCUUGCCGGUCUGAGCACUUUCAGAAAGAUGUGGGUGAGCGCGGAUGAAUGGCAUGAGGACCCCGAGAUCAUCUUCAAAAGAUUCGCAUAA